AUGGGUUACCAGGAGGUGAUUCAUGAAAUAGAGUCUAUGGAAGUGCAAAAGGUGAUUUUGGGUGGAUGUAUUGAGUCUCAUCCAUGCUUUGCCCUGGUUUUUCGAAUCAAGAAGAUGAUUGAAAAGAAUUGGAAGGUGGAUAUAGCUCAUAUCCAUAGGGAAGGUAACAAGGUAGCUAAUUGGUUGGCUUGUCAAGCCUCUAGAAUGAUUGGAACACUGUUUGGUAUGGACCUCCUCCUGAUAGCUGCAAAGACUUGCUUAUGGGGAUUGAACAAAAAAAGAAAAGUUCAAGUGGAAUAUCAAGAUAGUAAUCCAUAUGAUGAACAUCAAGUGCUACCAGUUGAUGAAGUGCUAGAAAAUCCAUCAAGAAAAGCUCCUUCUACAUCUCAAAAGGGGAAGAAUAUUAAUCCUCUAGGUUCUUAUUUUAUGCCUAGAACAACUCCUGGAGCUCAACCUGGCAUUAAAAGAGUGUUGCAGAGUAAAGAAGUAAUGGAGAAGUGUGACAUCGCAAUUUCCAAAUGGAUGAUUGAUGCUGGUGUACCAUUUAAUGCUGUUAAUUCAUCAUAUUACCAGCCAAUGAUUGAUGCUAUUUGUAGCAUGGGUCCAGGGUAUAAAUGUCCAAACUUUUACAGAGUUCGUGGUCAUUUGUUGAAUAAGUGGGUUGGCGAAGUCAAGAAACUUGUUGAGAGUUAUCGCACUAUUUAUUGUAAGCUUUUUAGAGAUGUGGUGUUAGAUGUUGGCUCUGAAAAUGUUGUUCAGGUUGUGACUGAUACUGCUGCAAAUUAUGUUGCUGUUGGGAGGUUAUUGGAGGCUGAGUUUCCUACUAUUUUUUGGUCUCCUUGUGCUGCUCAUUGUAUAAAUUUGAUGUUACAAGACUUUGGAAAGUUAGAGGAAGAAAGUUUUGUUGUGUCUCAUGCUGCCAAAAUUACCAAAUACAUCUAUAAUCAUUGUCAUCCAUUGCAUUUGAUGAGAAAAUAUACAGGUGGAAGGGAAAUACUUCGUCUAGCUCCGACUCGCUUUGCCACUAAUUUUAUUGCCUUACAAAGCAUAUUGGCUCAAAAGAAUGCAUUAAGGGCUAUGCUUACUGAGCCAUUUAUUCGUGUGUUGCGUAUUGUUGAUAGUGAAGACAAACCUGCCAUGGGUUUUCUUUAUCAAGCUAUAUUUAAAGCUAAAGAGGAAAUGAUAAGGAGAUUUCAAAGAAAUAAGAAGAAGGUGGAGCCUUACUUGACCAACUUAGAUAGUUGCUGGGAUUCACAACUUCGCAAAAAUCUUCAUGCCUCUAAUUAUUGGUUGAAUCCAGGUUGUCGUUUCAAUAAUGAAGAAUUUGAAAAACAUAAAUUCACAACAUCAGGCCUUUUGGAUGUCAUUGAGAGAUAUGCUUAUGGGAAUCCUGAUUUAAAUUCUAAGUUGACAAGUGAGAUGAGAAUAUUCAAAAAUGCUGAGUUAGAUUUUGGAAGGCCAUCUCCUAAACGUGAACGGAAUACCGUGAUACCAGAUCAAUGGUGGGAAUCUUAUGGAUGUGGUGCACCAAAUUUGCAAAAAUUGGCUAUUCGUAUUUUAAGUCAAACUUGUAAUGCUUCGGGUUGUGAACGCAAUUGGAGCACAUUUGAACACAUUCAUUCGAAUAAGAGAAAUAGAUUAGAGCAUCAAAAGCUUAAUGAUCUUGUCUAUGUUCGUUAUAACUUGAGGUUGGCACAAAGGAGUCAAUUGAAGCAUCAAAAUUAUGAUCCAAUAAAUUUUGAAACAUUUGAGGAGCACUCUAAUUGGGUACUGGAGGAAUCACCACCAUACUUAACAGUUGAAGAAAUGGAAGCUUUACGGACGGAGCUUGCACAUAUGUCCAUUCAACCAACUUUAGAUGAAGCAGAUCAACUAAAUUUGGAUGAUGAUGAUGAAGAUGAGGCACAAGACAACAUCAUGGAAAGUGCAAAUCAAACUGAAGGCAAUGAAGAAGGAGAGCAUGAAUUAAUUGACACAACUUUGCCUCCUAGGGCAUAA